AUGACCCGUGGUAAGUUCAUAUUGAUAGAAGGGCUGGAUAGAGCAGGUAAAACCACUCAGGUGAACAGACUUUAUGAGAGAUUGUCACCGAAUUCGGAAAGUAUGAAAUUUCCUGAGAGAUCUACACAAAUAGGCGGGUUGAUCAACGAAUAUCUUACAAAUAAAUCAUUCCAGAUGCCAGACCAAACAAUUCACCUCUUAUUUUCUUCAAACAGAUGGGAAAGACAAGAAUACAUCGAGAAAACACUUGUUACGGAUAAAAAGCAUAUUGUCAUGGACAGAUACGUGUACUCUGGAAUUGCAUAUUCAUUAGCUAAGGAAGUGGACGGUAUGGACUUUGACUGGUGUUUUGGAUGUGACAAAGGGUUGAUUAGACCUGAUAUGACUGUUUUUCUAGUAAAUAGUAAGAGUAACGACAAUAGAGAAGGGUUUGGAAAAGAACGAUACGAACAAAAAUGCUUCCAAGAAAAAGUUCACGAGAAAUUCGACAUAACAUUCCAAAAGUUGGCCACGAAGGAUAACACCUCUCCUGUCCAAAUAAUCGAUGUCACUGAUAAAUCAAUAACCGAAGUAGAAGAGUUGAUAUGGAAAGUUGUUGAGCCAGUUGUCGGGGCCAAAUCAGCAUCAAACCAACUGUUACGAUUCUAG